CGUAGCAGCGCUUCCAUUCUUACCAAGCCCAAGCUGCAGUUUUCUCGGCAACUACAGGGGCGGAGAAAAAGCAUCAGCCAUGUAUUGCAGAGGCAACGGCGGCGGGAGCAGCGCGGAUUAAAUACGUCUGUUUGUUCCCGUUCCGUCUGAAUGUCUCUUCCAGGACGUGCAGGGCGCCAGAUACCUUUGCACCCACCUCCAGUGUUAGCAGCGCCGCCACCACUAUCACCCCAGCCAGGAUGGACUGCUGAUUUGGAAAGCACCACAAACCUGGUCCUACACCCUGGCUGGUCUGCUUUCUGCUUUAUUUAUCUAUUACUAGUUUUUUGAAUUGAACUUUUCAUAACCUGCCAGCUGUUCUUUAGACACACAUGGUGCAUUGUUGUCAUUCCCAAAAUCACAUCUUUGAAAUCCAGGACCUUGGUAACCUUCUUCAAACAGACGACCUCAAGGAUAAUAUCUACAGGAGGACUUUUCAAACCUGCCGCCCUCUAGUUUCAUUUUUGUCUCCGCCCUCUUUCUAGAACAUUAUGGAACCCACAAUGGAGUCCUGCUUGAUGCAGGUCCUGCAGAAAGAUGUUGGGAAACGUCUUCAGGUUGGCCAAGAACUGAUAGAUUAUUUCUCAGAUAAACAGAAAUCUGCUGACCUUGAACAUGAUCAGACCAUGCUGGACAAAAUGGUUGAUGGUCUUGCUACCUCGUGGGUAAAUUCCAGCAAUUAUAAGGUUGUCCUGCUGGGCUUGGACAUCUUAUCUGCACUGGUGUCAAGGCUCCAAGAUAGAUUUAAAGCUCAAAUUGGCACAGUGUUACCUAGUCUAAUUGACAGACUGGGAGAUUCAAAAGACUCUGUACGAGAGCAGGAUCAGGCCCUGCUGUUAAAAAUCAUGGAGCAAGCUUCUAGUCCCCAGUACGUGUGGGACAGAAUUUUGGGAGGAUUCAAACAUAAGAAUUUCCGGACAAGAGAAGGAAUUUGCCUCUGCCUUAUUGCAACUCUUAAUGCAUCUGGAGCUCAGAGUUUAACCUUGAGCAAGAUUGUGCCCCAUAUAUGUAACUUACUUGGUGACCCAAACAGCCAGUUCAAAGCAGAACAACCACAUUGCUUCACUUUGCUCUGGUUCAGUAUUCUUCUCAAGUUUGUCUUGGCACUACAAGAGAAGACUGAGAGGAAUCCCAGUUUUAGGGGGCUUGAGUAUCCCAAAGGCAUGUUGGAGGUAUUUAACUUAAAAGUUUAUUGGGGAGUCACUUCACUCAAUAAACAUUUUGAUGAUGACGACUCGGUGGAUGGGACCCGUCCAUCCUCAGCCAGUUCCUCAACCUCUUCAAAGGCUCCGUCAUUAUCUCGAAAAAGUGGGACGGGCACUGCUCGAAGAGUAGGAGCAGUAGCUUUAGUCGCAAAAACUCCAGCAACUAAAGAAGGAGCUGGUGCCGUGGAUGAGGAGGAUUUCAUUAAAGCUUUUGAAGAUGUCCCAACCGUUCAGAUUUAUUCUAGCCGAGACUUUGAAGAAUCCAUAAACAAAAUCAGAGAAAUCCUGUCUGAUGAUAAACAUGAUUGGGAACAGAGAGUAGUUGCAUUGAAAAAAAUCCGGUCUUUAUUAUUGGCUGGAGCUGCUGAGUAUGAUACCUUCUUUCAACAUCUGCGUUUGCUUGAUGGAGCCUUUAAAUUAUCUGCUAAAGACUUGAGGUCCCAGGUAGUGCGAGAAGCAUGUAUCACAUUAGGACAUUUGUCAAUGGUAUUGGGUAACAAGUUUGACCAUGGGGCAGAAGCCAUCAUGCCAACAAUCUUUAAUCUCAUUCCCAACAGUGCCAAAAUCAUGGCCACUUCUGGCGUAGUAGCUGUGAAAUUAAUCAUUCGACAUACACACAUCCCUAGACUAAUUCCCAUCAUCACCAGUAACUGUAUCUCCAAAUCAGUUGCAGUUAGAAGGCGGUGUUUUGAAUUUUUAGAUUUACUUUUGCAGGAAUGGCAGACACACUCCCUGGAAAGGCAUGUAUCAGUAUUGGCUGAAACCAUCAAGAAAGGAAUCCAUGAUGCUGACUCCGAAGUACGAAUAAAAGCCAGAAAGUGUUACUGGAGCUUCCACAGCCAUUUUAGCCGAGAAGCAGAACAUUUGUUUAAUUUGCUGGAAUCCUCAUACCAGAAAGCCCUGCAGUCUUACUUGAAGAAUUCUGAUAGCAUAGUGUCUUUGCCUCAGUCAGAUCGUUCCUCUUCUAGUUCCCAGGAAAGUCUCAACCGUCCAUUGUCUACCAAAAGAAGCCCAACCGGAAGCACUACUUCACGAGCUUCUGCAAGCAGUGUGAAAUCUGCGUCAACAUCGGGGUCUCUCCAGCGUUCUCGCAGUGACAUUGAUGUGAAUGCAGCAGCCAGUGCCAAAUCCAAAGUAACAUCUUCUGGUUCGGAUUCCCCCUUCAGUUCUGCUGCAGCCCUGCCUCCAGGCUCAUAUGCAUCUCUUGGUCGAAUUCGCACAAGGAGGCAAAGCUCUGGAAGCACCAGUAGUAUCACUUCAACACCUGCUGACACUCGAGGCCGCAGUCGGGCUAAAGUAGUUUCGCAGUCCCAGCCUGGUAGUCGAUCUAGCUCUCCUGGCAAGCUGUUGGGAAGUGCAUAUGGUGGGCUUAGCAGUGGAACAACCAGAGGACACCCAAUGCCAACAUCAUCCUCAUCUACUGACAAACGCAGUAAAGUCCCUCGAAGCCAGGGCUGCAGCCGAGAGACCAGCCCUAGCAGGAUAGCUCUAGAACGGUUUGGGCUUGGCCAGCCAGGCAGGUUGCCUGCCUCUAUGAAUGCAAUGCGAGUUCUGAGUACAAGCACAGAUCUGGAGACUGCUGUGGCAGAUGCAUUGCUCUUAGGAGACUCCAGAAGCAAGAAAAAACCAGUGAGAAGAAGGUAUGAACCAUAUGGGAUGUAUUCUGAUGAUGAUGCAAACAGUGAUGCCUCCAGUGCUUGCUCAGAGCGGUCCUAUGGUUCCCGCAAUGGAGGCAUCCCACACUACCUGCGACAGACGGAAGAUGUAGCGGAGGUCUUAAACCACUGUGCUAGUUCCAAUUGGUCUGAAAGGAAAGAGGGGUUAAUUGGCUUACAGAACCUAUUGAAGAGCCAGAGGACAUUAAGCCGUGUGGAGUUGAAAAGGUUAUGUGAAAUCUUCACACGUAUGUUUGCAGACCCCCACAGCAAGAGAGUUUUCAGCAUGUUUCUUGAAACCUUGGUAGACUUCAUCAUUAUUCACAAGGAUGAUUUGCAGGACUGGCUCUUUGUUCUUCUGACACAGUUACUGAAGAAGAUGGGUGCUGACCUAUUGGGAUCAGUGCAGGCCAAAGUGCAGAAAGCUCUGGAUGUAACAAGAGAUUCUUUUCCGUUUGACCAACAAUUUAAUAUUUUGAUGAGGUUUAUCGUUGAUCAGACCCAAACACCAAACCUUAAGGUAAAAGUGGCAAUAUUAAAAUACAUUGAAUCCUUGGCUAGACAAAUGGAUCCUACAGAUUUUGUAAACUCCAGUGAGGCUAAACUUGCAGUUUCUAGGAUUAUUACCUGGACAACAGAACCAAAGAGCUCAGAUGUAAGAAAGGCAGCACAAAUAGUCCUGAUCUCUCUGUUUGAACUGAACACUCCUGAGUUUACCAUGUUACUUGGUGCCUUGCCAAAAACAUUCCAGGAUGGUGCUACCAGACUAUUACAUAACCACCUCAAGAACUCCAGCAAUACUAGUGUGGGUUCCCCUAGUAAUACUGUUGGCCGAACCCCUUCACGUCAUCCGAGCAGCAGAACCAGCCCCUUAACUUCACCUACCAAUUGUUCUCAUGGAGGAUUAUCACCCAGCAUGCUGGAUUAUGACACGGAAAACCUAAAUUCUGAUGAAAUUUAUAGUUCUCUUCGUGGAGUCACAGAGGCUAUAGAAAAAUUUAGUUUUCGUAGCCAAGAGGAUCUAAAUGAGCCAAUCAAACGUGAUGCAAAGAAGGACAGUGAUAUUGUUUCCAGAGAUGAUGGUAUAGCCUCCCCAGCCACUGAUAUGCGUGGAAGCAGUGAUGUGGUGGAAGGAGGAAGGAUGGCUCUGGAUAACAAAACCUCCCUACUCAACACCCAGCCCCCACGUGCCUUUUCUGGACCCCGAGCUCGAGAGUACAACCCUUACCCCUACUCUGAUACUAUCAGCGCCUAUGAUAAAACUGCUCUUAAGGAAGCCGUAUUUGAUGAUGAUAUGGAUCAGCUUCGGGAUGUGCCCAUUGAUCAUUCUGACUUGGUGGCUGAUCUUUUAAAAGAAUUAUCCAAUCAUAAUGAGCGGGUAGAAGAACGGAAAGGAGCCCUCCUUGAGUUGUUGAAGAUUACAAGAGAAGAUAAUCUGGGAGUUUGGGAAGAACAUUUUAAGACAAUUUUGCUUUUAUUACUUGAAACACUUGGAGAUAAAGAUCAUUCAAUACGAGCCUUGGCCCUGAGAGUUUUGCGGGAAAUUCUGAGGAACCAACCAGCAAGAUUUAAGAACUAUGCUGAACUAACUAUCAUGAAGACCCUAGAAGCGCAUAAAGAUUCUCAUAAAGAGGUUGUGAGAGCUGCCGAGGAAGCUGCUUCCACUCUGGCUAGUUCCAUCCAUCCAGAACAGUGCAUCAAAGUGCUUUGUCCCAUCAUUCAAACAGCUGACUAUCCAAUUAAUCUGGCUGCUAUUAAAAUGCAAACGAAAGUCAUUGAAAGAAUCUCAAAGGAGUCAUUGCAUCAGCUCCUACAAGACAUCAUCCCUGGAUUGUUGCAGGGUUAUGACAACACGGAAAGCAGUGUUCGCAAAGCCAGUGUGUUUUGCCUCGUGGCCAUCUAUUCAGUGAUUGGCGAAGAACUGAAGCCUCAUCUUGCGCAACUGACCGGGAGCAAGAUGAAGCUGUUGAAUUUGUAUAUAAAGAGAGCGCAGACGACCAACAGCAACAGCAGCUCAUCCUCAGAUGUUUCUACACACAGUUAAUGGAGAUCUUUGGACAUAUGUGUAGACAUAGAAACAAUCAGCUGUGCCUCUCAGAAACCUUCCCCUCAUCAGCACGCACCAUCUGCUGAUGGAGGCCAUGCAAAUAUUUAUUGCAAUCAGUAUUUUUAGUCCUUUUAAAGCUUUUUAUUGUAGGAGAUUCUUGGAAUUGAAUAUAAGGGAAGCAAGGCCUGGAUUGCAGUUUUCAUUAAAAACAAGGUAAUAGUGUAAUGUGGUUAAAUGCAUUACAUACUGUUUGCUAAGAUCUGAAGUAGUCCCAGAGAUGCAUAACACGUUCGUAUUUUAUCAAACAUGUUUCUUUGAUAUUGACGGAGAGCUUGAAUUUAUAUUAGACUAUAUUUGUAUUAUAGUCACACCUUUCACUAGCUACUCUAGUUCCCCCAAUUUCUCAAGCAUUGUUUUAAAAAUGAGCUUAAAAGUUGGAAUGGAUUUGCAUUUGUUUUCAGACACAAUCUAUCUAUACAGGCUAUAAAAUCAAGCCGUUCCACUAGGUUUUUUUUUUUUUAACUAGAAAAAACCAAUACCAAUCACCUGUGUGACAAAGGUUAUGAAAAUUCAAGAAAUCCCAAGCAAAUAUGCAGCAGUACAAUCUAUUCAGGGCAAUGUGGUUAGUUUUGUAGAACCGAUUCAAGAGCUGCCUCUGCAUCGACAACUCAGUUUACAAUUUCUUCUUGGUGUAUUUCAACAUAUUUUUUUCCAAAAUGUUUGAAAUUGCAAACUACUCUUAAUAUUGAUUCUAACCUACCUGACACAGCUUUACUGUUUGUUUGUUUGUUUUAACAGAGCUCUGUUUUGUUACAGUAUUUAUGGUAUUCCUUCUGUGACAACAGAUCUCUGUUAGCGUGCACUGAGCUUAGAUGCACUGCAGUUGCCUGUAUAUUGGUCAAGACCUAAUGUUGCUGUCAGAGAAAAGUGUCUCCUAGGAGAUAUGUGUGAAAUUCUAUUUCUGCUGCUUCGAUGUUCCAUGAGAAAAUGUUCUUUUCAAAGCUCUGAUUGGCUUCCUGGAGCUGCAAUUCAGAUAACCAGGCCUUUCUUCCUUAAUAAAGGAUUUCUUUCAUUUGUCAACCACGUUCCUUAGUGUGACACUUGUUCUCUUAAUUUUCACUUUCACUGAUCAGGAGUCCUCUGAGUCCUUCAGGAGGAUAGCCUUCUCCUCAUCCAGUUCCUCAAUAAUUCAGUCAGCCUGAAUUAUUUAUAAUGGUCUUUUUCUGCACCUAACAUAUCUAUCAAAUUAUUCCCAUCUUAAGAUUGAUCAUACCCAUACCUUGAUUAUUGUUGGCAGUGCUCAAAGGGCUAGCUUAAUCUGCAACAAUUUGCUUUCUUUUAAAGCUGUACUCCUGGGGAAUGUAAGAUGUAUUUAAAUGCUCUGGGCAAAAGGAUUCUUUAGCUACUACUACUCUGUCCAUGCUGAUGGAAGUAGAUCUGCAUGUUGCUGGCACACAAAAAAGCAAGAGCCGGUCCAAGUGUGCUCAGUUGCUUUGACUCUCGCUGCCUUUUGAGGCAGGGCUUUAACUUUUUGGAGAAAAACCAAUGUGAUUUCCUUCAGGGUCUUCUCCAUUGACCCAUUCCCAUUCCCUUUUCAGGCCAUUAUAUCUGAAAAUUCACAGGGCUCCACCUGCCUGAUACUCGUUUGCUCAGAUGGGGAUGCCUCUGUUGUUCACAGGGCACAUCAGCGUAUCCAGGGCAGGAGUAUACAAAUCCAUGCAAUCCCUUUCACCAUCCAAAUCCUGUCCAUUCCUUAAUGUAGUGCUGAAUUAUUGGAGGCAUGUGGCUUUCCUUUGAAAAGGUACACUAUGUGUACUUGCUGGAUUACAACACAACACAAGACUUUUCUAUCACCCCCUGUUAGCUCUCGGCAACCUGCCUACGUAAUGCACCACGCAACCUUGUCACAUAAAUCUUCUUUCUACCACCCUCUCAACCACUUUAUUUAUCAAGUGUAAUGGUUCACCUAAAAGGACAACAAAGAAAUAUUUGUAGAAUGC